UGCAACGUCACGGUAUCAUACACCCAUCCAGGCCACGGCGAUGUCGUCAACGUACACGUCUGGCUGCCCCUCGAGAAAGACGCUUGGAAUAGGCGAUUCAUGGGUUUAGGCGGCGGCGGAUUCGUAGUCGGCGAAGUCGACGGCGACGCGCCGAGCGCCGCAAUCCAGGAAGGCUACGUCGCUGCCGUUACGGACGGCGGGCAUCUCGCCAGCACCCCACCCGAUGUCUGGGCGCUACGAAGCCCUGGAAAUCUGGACUGGCCGCAGCUGGUCAACUUUGGAUACAGGAGUUUGCAUGAGCUCGCUGUUGUGGGCAAGGCCGUUUUGAAGGGGUAUUAUGAGGAGGAGGAGAGGUAUAGUUACUUUAAGGGGUGUUCGACGGGGGGAAGGCAGGGACUGGCUGUGGCGCAGAAGUACCCCGGGGACUUUGACGGGGUGUUAAGUAUGUGUCCUGCGGUGGAGUUUCCUGCCAUGGUGACGUCGUUGUAUUUUGGGCAGUUGGUUAUGCAGUGGAGGGGGCAUUGGCCUUCUGGGUGUGAGUUGGGUGCUAUUGUGGCAGCUGGGGUUGAGGAGUGUGAUUUGGGGGAUGGGAAGGGGGAUGGGAUUAUUGGUAGGGUCGGGGAGUGUGGGUUUGAUGUGAGGUCGGCGGAGGGAAGGGAGUUUGCUUGUGAGGGAGCAGAUGGGAGGAAGAUUGAGGGGAGGGUGUCGAGGGCGGCGGUUGAGGUUGUUGAGGAGGUUGUUGGGGGUGUUUUGGACGACGAGGGGAGGGCGAUGUUUCCGAGUUAUGUUCCUGGGACGCAGUUUGCGGGAUUCCUUGCUAUGAUGAAUAGUGUCUGCCAGGAUGAGGCCGAUCGAACGCGGUGUAAGGGUGUGCCGUUCUCCGUGGCGGAUGAGUGGAUUCGGUUGUUUAUCGAGAAGGAUCCGGCGUUUGAGCCGGAGAAGAUGUCGAGGGAGACGUUCCGGGAUGUCUUCCGGCGGGGCGUGGAGGAGUUUGAUUCUGUUAUCGGGACACCUGUGCCGGAUCUGAGGAGGUUUAGGGAGCGCGGGGGUAAGGUGUUGAUGUGGCACGGCAUGGCGGACCAGGCCAUCUCUAUCAAGAUCGGACGCGGGUUGUAUGAGAAGGCUAAGGGGAUUGAGACCAAGCGUGGGGUUGAGAUUGAAGGGUUCUGGCGGUAUUUUGAGGUUCCGGGGGUGAAUCACUGUGUCUCGAUGACCGGGGCGCCGUUCCCCUGGAGUGCGUUGAAGAAGUUGAGGUCGUGGGUUGAGAAUGGGGUUGCGCCGGGGCAGUUGGAUGCGAGG